CCCAGGAGAAGGCAUCAGGCAGCGCGAGCAGCCGGCCACGCUCCUUGAACAUGCAGAUUCUUUCCUCUGUUCCUCCGCUUCGCCGCUGCAAUCUUCACCACUCCGGUUCUCAUUGGAUGCACAUAGAUACUUUUCCCCCUUUUUGUAUGGUCCCGUUAUUUUCUCCCCUGUGCGCAAUAGCCUGCACGUUUCCCUCAGCUAUCAGACUUACAAACACUAGAGCAACGUUGGCCUGAGGGUGAUGGAUAUUGAGUUUUAAUGGUCAAAAAAUAUCGGGCAUAUGUUUUAAAUUGUGCUCAAAUAUUUCAGCCGCAGAACAGGUCAGAAAGAUUUGAAUAUCAUCCCAAAAAAAAAAGCCCGGGCCCGCCCAUCAGUUCAUACUUGCUUUUUCCACUAUUUGAAACAAAAGGCUGCACUAUUGAUCGAUGCCGUGUGUUGUGAGGGAGUCUGUCUGGAAUGUUAAGCUCACUGAGAAACAAGCGUGUUGGAUGGAUUCAUGAAACGCACGCAUUGCAUUUUUGCCCUUUGAGGAUUAUACACGAGCACGAGUUAUUUCAGGCGGAGGAAGGAGAAUGGGGAAGAAUGACGCCUGUGGGACCAGAUUACCAGUUGACCAGUACCGAAAACAGAUUGGUAAGCAGGACUACAAAAAGACAAAGUCAGCCUUAAAGGCCACACGGCUGAAAGCUGAAGCCAAGAAGAAUUCCUCUGGAUUCAAGGAUGCAUUCCUGGUCAUCGCCGCAAUCCUCUUCUUUGUCCUCUGCGUCUACGCCUUCUUCUACCUCAACCUGAGCAACGAGAUCAACAUGGAUCUGGAUGUGGAUUGAGGAGAGGUGGACCCUAUGCCAACGCCAGGGCGGAACACGGUCUGUCAUGUGACCGAGGACAACAGACCGCAAACUAUUGAGGAGAAAUGGCGUCCAUUGAAGAUCUGCACGCACACUAAACGACUAUUCCACUCACACUUAUUCCACGCGUUUGCAUGUGCCUUCCUUAUAUAUUUUUUUCUCCCUGAACCCAGAUCUGAAAGAGUAGCUUUGAUUCUCUUUCGCCGAAAGGUCAGUGACUCUCGUGCUUGGAGGCGCUUGUGCCUCCGCUAAUCACAUUCUGCGCAGUCGCGUCUCUCUGUUUUCUUCUCCUAUUAGAACAAUGUCAAAUGUCCUGCUGAACCUCUGGUCGCAUUCAGACAAACACUCGCCUCACAUUCCAGCGCACAAACCUGCAGUCCGGGGAUAUCUGGAGAUCGCAAAGUGUGAGAUUAGAAUCCACAAAGCCCUCGCCCUGAUUGGAAGUGUGCGCAGAAUACGGAACGACACUUUGCACCUGCCGCACACACACGGGCAGCGGAGAGACACACACAUGCACGGGAUUAGCAUUACAAAUAUCACCCUGUUCUUUCAUUAGAGUGGAAAUUGCAGAGAUGGAUGACGACUAUCGAGAGCCGAGCCGGCGUGUUUCUCACAAGGAACACCUUGAUUCUUUUCCUUGUCUUGUCAAACGUGUCUCUGUAUGAAAAUGAAGGUCUGUGAAAGCCUCUUCAUCUUCUCGCACUAGUGCAACAACGGAUCUUCCAUUCACCACCUUUUAUCCCUAUUACUAUCAAUAGCGAUGCUGUCCUCCAGAUGCAGAAAAGGUUGAUACUGAAUACAUGGGGACUGUGUUUUUUUUUUUCUUUUAAAAACAAGUCUGUGUGUCUGAGCCCGACUGUGCUCACUGGCUCGGAUGAAACGUGAGACCGAUUUUGAGCUUUCGGUUUCCGCUCUUUUCUCCCAUGACCUGACGACCUCUAGUGAAAGACAACGUGUCCAAGAAUCCAUUAAGAUAAGCAUCCACUUGUACUCUCAACCAGCGGCUUUGUUUCUGGCCUCGGUACAUCCAGACCCCUCCCUUCGCCGCUGUGGGGCACUCGCAGGCGUAACAAUAGACGGGCAAACCUGAGAAACCUUCAGACGUGACACCGGUUAUCUCAAAGGUCAACGUUACCAAUGACGGCACAAAGGAACGGAGCUCUCAAUUCCUACCCACAAAAGUAUCGCUAGUGUUUUCUCAUGGUAUAAAAGUAUUUUCACCGUUUGCUUUUCGUCUUACAGAUUUGGUUACAGGAUAUUUUGUAGUAUAUUGUGAUUUAUGUUCCUGGUUUUCUUUUUUGUUUAAUUGUUCAAAAAAUAAAAAUCAUCAUGCAUUAAGGGAUUAAUGCAUGAAGAAUGCCGAAUUGAAAUUAAGCUUUUCUGUUUGUGUAGAAUUAUUGGUUCUUUAAUUAAAUUAUCCCCUAAAGAGG